UGCCUGCUUCUCAGCGAUUACAGUCUCAACGGAACAAUCGCUGAUACAUUUAAAAAGGCUGCAGACCGAUACAAACCUGCGCUUCUAAAAUAAUUUUUUUUAAAAAUUCUGUUAAAACGUAGAUUAUCGUUAUAUGGUUAAUAAAAACAUUACAUGUAAAUAAAAUUUUGAUAGCUACCAUUGAUUAUUCCGAUUACAUAAAACAAAGGCACUAAACUAAAGCGUGCAGCUAAUAUCCUGAGCCGAGGUAUCGUCGAUAGGCUUUUCUGCAAGCAACCACGGACAGUUAACGUCAGCUAACACGUUACUGAACACAACGCCGGGAUGUAUAACCCACACCACCACCAACAGCAGCAACAACAGCAACAGUUUCACCAUCAUCUGCGGCAGCUUCAGCAACUGUUCCAGCACCAGCCCCCCCCUCCGCCUCCUCCACCACAACCCCAACCCCCUCCAUCGCACCAUGUUCCACAUCACCACCAAAGAGGACGGGCCAUGUCUGGACCAGGCCCUGCACCUCCGCCUCCCCGUAUGGUCAACCUGGCUGCCCAGGCCACCAUCAUCGCCCCCAACCCAAUGUUGCAAGGAGCUCUAAUGAUGCAGCAGAUGCAAGGUAGCAUGCGGGGCUUUACAGCGAGCGGGCAGCAGUUCACCCAGUUCUUUGCUGCGGGGGCCCGGUCCUCUCUCCUGGGGCCUGUACCCAUGGGCAUGUCCAUGAAGAACCCCCACAUGGGCUUCCCUGCCCGACACUACCACCCCCACACCCGCUACUACAACAACAACAACGACUAUGCUUCACGGUACCCGGAUAGAAAGAGGGAGCAGAGAGCCGUGGGGAGCACAGAUAACCAACCUGCAGCCAGCAGGACCCUGCCCAAUGACAAGACUCUCAAAGAUGGAGGAGUGGGAGGGCCAGAUGGACAGGCACGGCCCUCAGUGCAACCUGAGCCCAAGGAGCCAGCACUGAAGAAGCAGAGGACAGAGGGGUCAGAGGAGACUGUGGAGCAGCCUCCGGAGACAGAUGAGGUCCUAGGUGCAGCAGUGCAUCAAAGCCCACCAGAUGACAGCCAGCUUGAAGACUGUUACAUUCUGGAGGAGGACGGGAGCACGGCUGGUCCAGCGGCACUAGAGGAAAGCAGAGCAGCCAAGGUCCAGAGUGGAGUGUCGGCCAUGCCAGCUUCUGAGCAGCUGAGUGGUGAGAGCCAGGCAUGUACCCCAGGCCUAAAGGACAUGGCAGAGGGCAAGGCUACCUCGGGGGCAUUGGAAGGAGGGCAGGAAGAGGGCAAGGAGGAGGGUGAUGCUGCAAACAAGUUCUAUUGCUACAUCUGCACUAUCACCUGUCACAACCAGCAGGACUUCCAGAGUCACAUGAACAGCCUGGUCCACCAGCAGAGGAUGAUGGAGAUCCAACACAUGUCCAGUGCCUGUCUGGUCACCUUGAUGCCCCGCGUCCAGGAGUCACUGCAGGGAGGCCGCAGGGACAGCUCCUUCAGGGACGGAGAGAAGAGACCCGGCCUGCAGCGUUGGUGUGCCACCUGUCAAAUCCACUACACCAGUACAGUCAUGGACCACCGCAGGACCAGUGAGCACAAGCUGACCAGCCGCACCUCCAACCCCUCCUGUACCGUCUGCAAGAGGCACUUCAGGAGCCCAUGCCUGUUCCUGGAGCACAUGCAAUCCCAGGAGCACAAGCAGAGAGUCGACGAGCUUCGGGAGGAGGGAGGGCCAGCGGCCUUAGCUGAACUGGUUGCCAUGGACGAACAGGGCUGUUUCGUAGAUGACGGAGAAGAGGAGGGGGAGGAAGAGGACGGGGAAGAUGGUGAACAAAGCAGCUCCCAUGGAAAGGAGGGCUGGCCUACCCGGAUGGAGGUGGCUUUACUGGAGGACAUAGAUGAAGAUGAGGAAUAUGACCCUGACACGGUGUAUGGUUCUAGCUUUGUGGUUCCCGUGGCUGGGUUCCUCUGUAGAAUCUGCCAGCACUUCUACCAUUUUGAGUCCUCAGCCCGCCACUCGCACUGCAAGUCACUCAAACACUUUGAGAACCUCAAGAAGUACAGGGCCUUGCGUAGCCAGAAGGAUGGGACAUUGGAAACUACUCCUGUGGACGGAGAUGCAGAGUGUGACAGUAACCACAGCCUGCCUUCAGAAGUCCUCGGCAGCCCUGCCUUACUGCCGCCCACCACCACGCUGAGGCCCUCUCAGCCCCGCCCUCAACCCCAGGACAACACCCCCUCAGCCUCAUUUUCUUCCCAGCAGGACCUCGCCACUACCAGCACCCCUACCACCAGCAGCACGAGGGGGACCCUGGGCCAAGCCACUCCAGAGCAGCAGAGCCUAGCUGGGCCUGAGGACAAGGAGGAAGAGCCAACCCUAGACCUAGGACCAGUCACAGAAGAUGCAGAGGAGGAGCCAGUCACGGGAGAGACGAAAGAGGAGGCACCUGCCCAAGAGGAGAAGCUGGGCGACGGGAACGCAAAGGGGGGAUCCCAAAGAAGGUCCGGGAGGACAACACAGAGACGUUGAGAGAGUGGAAGAAAAAGAUGAUAUCCAGUACAAUCGCUACCCUAGGACAGGGUCGGUUAGUUUGGGACAGGAUCCCCCACCUCCUUUUCUGUAUAGCUCAAUAGACCAAGAAAAGAACACCCUGGCAACUCAAAACCAGUGGUCCUCCUGGCAUACCUAGGUGUUUCAUUUUUUUUAUAACACAGCUAGAUACAGAUGUAUUUCUAACAGGCAUUCAGCUAAACCUGACUGAAGAGGAGAACCAUAGGGAAACAACGUGUGGAUGUUUUGUGUUUCUAUCAUAAAGUGUUAAAAGGGUCAUGUGAAAACAAAGGUCAAGCUUAGUUCAACAACACGUUGUGUUCAAUCUAACUCCGUAACACAUUGUAGCCAAGUUUAGGAAGGGAGUUGUGUUGAUUUAGUCCAGGCAUUUCCCAUAAAGCUAACAAUGCUUUGUCAAGCUUUUAGUGAGACUUAGAAUGUAGCAUUUUAGCAGUUGACUUUUAUCUGAAGAACAAAAAAAUGUGAGGGAGGUGGGAACUAAACGUUUAAAAAGUAAACUGUACUUUUGUUUGAAUGUUGAGUAACGAUGAACCUUGAUUUGAUCCUAGCUUUGUUGAAGUGUUACUGUCCUUGACAUUUUUUUACACAAACUGAACUGUAAUGGAGAUUUUUUGGGAUGUGUUAGCAGGCGAGGGGAUAGGUAGAGGGGGGUUUCAAAGGGGAUAAGUCCUAACUGCUUUGUCUAUUUUGCUCAGAUACACCGUGAGCUACUGUUUUCCCAUCGUCACAGUACUACUAAAGCCAUUCUGACUUGUUUAGCUCUUUAACCCCGAGGUUGCUGAAACUCUGCCUAAAUCCCACUGGUGUUGUGCCUAAGUUGCACAAGAACCUCCAAAAGGCUGAGCUAUAAGCUCAUAUGGCUUUGUCAAGAUUGGGAGAAUUUUAGGUCAGUAGUGUUUCUGCAAUGUUAGCAGUACAUGCUUUUAGUGAGCCUUAGAAUGUAGCUUCUCUUACUGAAAGUCUCAUAAUGUUGUGAAAGUGCUGGAGUAGACAAAUCCUAAGACCAUAAAAAAUUCCUUUUAGAUGUGACUCCGAUAGGGAGAACAAGUUGGCUGAGAACAGAUCCGCGAUGGGUGGAUUUCCAAAGUCUGUCACCCCAUUAAUAUUUACCAUUUCAAAUGUCCAGCAAUGUUGCAUUAACAUAGUUUACACAUCACAACACAAACAUGACACUAAAAGAGUUGAGUAGUUUUGUGCUUGUUUUCCAACCUUUUAUAUUGCGUUGUUACUUCAUUCUUUUUUUCACACACAUCUUGUACACUUGACUAGUAGAGUUGUUUUCAUUGGAGUAGAAUUGUCUGUACAAGAAUUGCAUGGCAGUGUUGUCACCUUUCAACUGGGUAACCUAACAUCAAGGUUAUUAUCAACACCAAUGAAGUGGAAUGAUAGGGCUUUUGAGUUUUUCCUAACCAUGAGACGUGCCUGGGUGAAACUCAGGGCCCUAACUGGUCAGGAAAAACUCUUGGCCCCUGGCAUGGAGAAUGAAGUGUCUUUUCCCCAGUGAUAGUCAAUUAGUGUAGCAGACUAGCAGUUAAAGAAACUGACAACCAGCAGCUCUGAUUUUGAAGAGCACCAAUAGAAGGAAUGGUAUGAUUCACCAGCUUGUGAUCUCAAAUUAAAUGUUAUUUGUCACAUGCGCCUAAUACCACGGGUGUAGACUUUACAGUGAAACUCUUACUUACCAGCCCUUCCAAACAAUGCAGAGUUAAACAUAAAAAGAAUAGUCCACACGAGGAAUAAAAUACACAAGAAUGGAGAUCUAUUCAUGGUCCAUCACAAGACAUGGAUACAUUUGUCACUGAUCUACUGGUGAGGAGACUCCUCUUCCUGAAUAUAGGAUGUUUAAGUUGUAGAACUACACAAAACUAAGAAGUAAUGUAGCACUCCACAGAUAAGUCACCAAUCACAGCAAGUGGAAAUAGCCACUUUAUUUUCUUUCAAGGAACAUACCUUUCCCUUCCAGAUUAUACUUUAAGUGAAUGGCCAGUUUUAUUAAUUAACGUGCACAGAGGAAGAGCAGAUACAUAUUGGUUUUGAUGACGGUAAGCGCAGUUGUCUGCUAGAUUAUCUGGUUCCGGUCCCACUGAAAUAUUACAGGACCAGAGUGUGAUGAAAAUGGUCAUUUAAGAGAAAUUUCAAACAAAGCUGUAUGUUUCUUAAUGUAUUUUUAUUCAACAAAUAACAAACUCAGAUGAACAAAAUAGUUGUUUUCUAGCAGCUAGAAGUUUCUUGUAUUUUUUGGGGGAUGUUUGUUUUCUGUAUUGGGGUCAUUUUAAUUUAUAAAUAAAAUAUGACUAUUGCCUCA